AUGGAUUUUCGUACUGCACCAAUCCUGGUGCAGAUGCAGACUAUGCCAGCCUUUCCAGUCAGAAAAACUUUCACCGUGGACUUUGAAGUCCUUCCCGCCCCGUGGGUCUCCAAGCAAAACAAAGUUGUUUUGCAGAAUCUUCUUAUAUGUGUCAUCCUCUUCCACACUGUGUACUACGAGGUCCUGGGCAUGUGCUGCAUGAUCUUCAGGGCAUAUGAGUUGGAUGUCCUGGCACCAUUUGAUUUCAAAACAAACCCCUUAUGGCUCAACACAAAUUUAAAGGUAAUUGUUCUUCUAAUCUCAACGCAGGUCACCUACUUUGUUUGCGGAUUGCUUUUCGUUCUGGUUGUAGAAGAACGGCUCUGGGAUUAUGCUAUUUCAGUAACUAUUCUUCAUGCUGUCAUCACUUUGGCUGUUAUGUUAGAAUUCCCUUUGACAUCACAUUGGUGGGCUGCUUUAGAGGACUGUAAGAGGAGCAAAGCCUCGAUGGGGAGAGGAAUGGAGCCCAGCGCGGCGGCUGGAUCCCAGGAUGAAGGAAAAGGUGGAGAGAGAACCCAGAGACGCAUCCAGGCCAGCCUGCACGAGGCCUGGGUGGACAUUGUUCGGGAAUAUACGAUUUAG